UCAAGUUGUAAUUGUUACCGCGACUGUUAUCAAAUCGUAGAACACCUUGGCGUCGUCCCCAAAACCCUCAGCACCUCCCCUCUUACAGACCUCUAAGCAUGUCGCUCUCCCGUCAUCUACUCCGGCGAGUCCCGUCCCAAUCCGCCGUCCUCCGCCAUUUUUCCACUGCCCCCACAACCACCGUAUCUGAAUCGCCAUCCUCCCAACGCAUCCAGCACGAGUUCCUCCCUCCGAACUCCUACAUAAGCUCCUGGAAGCACCCCCGAAAUCCCAAGCAGGCCGCCGCGCAGUUGGCCUUCCUACGGCGCGACUACGACCGCAAAGUCAAGGAAAUGCGUAAGGAGUACAUUAAAGAAAUGGAGCUGCAGAGAAUCAAGAAGUUGCGGAAGGAUGAGGCCAGAAAGGAGGCGUUGAGGAUCGCGAACGAGGAGAGGAAAGCGGCUAAGGAUGCGAAGAAGAAGGCGGAGGCUAUUGAGAGAAAGGCUGCCGAAGAAGAGUUCAGGCAGAUGUUGAUGAAAGAAAGAGCAGAGAAGCUUGAGUAUUGGAGAAUGAGAGAGAAGAAAAUUCAGGAGAAGAAGAAAGAGAAGAAUGAGCUUCUGCGAAGACAAAGUUCUUUGUGGAUUGGUCCAUCUGAAGUAGAGAAGAAGACACUCGACGCCAUUUGUGAUUAUGUCCGACUCUGAAUCUUUUCACCUGGAAUUCUGAUCAACAAGUUAGACUGACGAAUGCUAUAGAGCAGUUUUAUGCCUGCAUAGGCGUGUCAAAAGUUUUACCUUUAGCCCCUAUAAAUCUCCUACAAUCAUACUGUCUUUGGGGUUUGUAUGCGCACAUAAGCCAGACAUCAGCUGUUGGAGAGCUGGAAUAAAUAACUUUCUGUAGACAUAAUCAUCAGUAUAUCAUGGACUGAACAGUGUUUUGGUUCUGAAUUGGUCUUUUCAAUAA